UCUUAACCAUGGCUGUUGACAGAAGCGUAGACACUCUUUGCACGGAAAGAGCUCAAGGUGCAGCGAUCCAAGAUGACUAUGGCUGCGUUUAGCCGGGAAAAGCAAGUGCUCGAGCUGCUCAACCUGCUGCAUCAUCCGCACAUCGUACCGCUUUUAACAUCGUAUAUUCAUGCAGCCAAAUUCAACCUGAUUUUUCCUUUGGCAGACGCGAGCCUCGAAUCGCUUCUAAGCGGCACCGCAACAAUUCCUGCAAUCACCCACGAAGCACUUUGGAAGCAACUGCUCGGCAUCACGUCUGCGCUCGAUUCUCUCCACAACUUCACUUACAAGAAACAUGACAUCUUAGACCUCGAAAUGAUUGGCUAUCACCACGAUUUGAAACCACAAAACGUCUUGAUCAAAGACGGAGUCUUCCUCUUGGCCGAUUUUGGCCUAGCCAGAUUGAAAGACCCCGUUUCUCAAUCAGGUACGAUCCACAAACACGGUGCAUUGACGUAUGGAGCACCCGAGACGCUAGGGAAUUCUUCCAGAAGCGGAAGAAGCGUAGGCCGCGCUCUCGACAUCUGGUCCUGGGGCUGCAUCCUGAUCGAGGUCAUCACAUUAGAGCUGAUGAGUCCAAUGGGAGUGGCGCAGUUUCGACAGAAUCGAACGACGAAUACCGCGAUGCGAUCAGACGCUUUCUUUCACAGCGCCGGAAACUUGAAACCAGAGGUCGAGAUUUGGAUCGACAUGCUCCGAGACAGCCCGAUAACGGACAAAUAUCGCUUUAGGUGGUUAGUCAAAAGCACAUUGGAUCUUGUGAAGACCAUGCUUGCCUCGGACCCAAAGCGGAGGGGCUCCGCCGCACUGGUUCAUUUGCAGCUUUACGAAUACGUCAAGUAUGCCACCGUCCAUACCCUUUCAGACACAACCGGCGAAUUGGGGAAAGAAAGCAAGAGGGAAUAUAAGCCUCCACCGCAGCCUUCGAUUGACCCUAGAAUAGCAGCUGAGGAGGCCCGCGAGAAUCUCGAAGAGUUCUUGGGAAAGGACCAUCCAGUCAUGAAGGCUCUCGCACUGACAUUGGCACAUGCGGACAAUUAAAGCUCAGAAGGCACAGCAGCUCUCCCUACCAAUUUACAAACCUAUGUU